UGACCAAUCACUUGACAGGCACGAUUCAACAGCGGAAAUGCAGCGAGGAAGUCUUGUUUGAUUUUCAAAUAAACCAUGUUCCCUUUAUAUAGCAAAUCAUUUCAUUUUAUUGGAGUUUUGGCAAUUAUUUUGUCGUUCUACGUCAGCCAUGCAUUCGCUGGUAAAAUGAAGAUAGUUGAGGAGCCAAACACAUUUGGGUUGAAUAAUCCUUUUAUGGCUCAGGGAAGCAGAUUACAACCCAAAGUCACCCCAUCACCAGUUUCUGGUCCAGCACACCUUCAUCGUCUUGCUGGAAAAUGCUAUAGCCUCAUCGAGUCAACGUAUAAAUAUGAAUUCUGUCCGUUUCAUAACGUAACUCAGCAUGAGCAGUCAUUCAGGUGGAACGCCUACAGUGGAAUAUUGGGGAUCUGGCAGGAAUGGGAAAUGGCGAAUAACACCUUCACAGGCAUGUGGAUGAGAGACGGUGAUACUUGUGGAACCAGAAACCGAGAAACAAAGGUGAUUCUGGUCUGCAGCAAUAACACCAAGCUGGCUGAGGUCUCAGAGCCCAGCACCUGUGUGUACUCACUAAUCUUUCAGACGCCACUUGUCUGCCAUCCACAUUCUCUUUUAGUGUACCCGACGCUGAAUCAGAAGCUCCAGGAGGAAUGGGAUGAAGCAGAGCAGGCUCGCUAUGAGGGUCUGAUUACUGAGCAGGGGUACAACAACCUCUUGAGGGAUAUUUUUGAGGAUGCUGGACUCCUAAAGAGCCUCAAAGUGAACAUCAAUCUGCCGGAAGCUGAAGCAGAUUCAGAAAAGCAAAACUCUUUACAGAAAUGUGAAGAGAACUCCAAAAAGCAGAAGGAAGAGAUUGAGAGGCUGCGAGCUCUCCUAACGCAGCAUAAUAUCCCCUUUGAUCCACAGACAAAUGAAGAAAACCAUCCAGUGAGCGUCACAGCUAAGGAUCAACACUUGAGAGGAGACACUGGCCUCAUUGAGCUGCGGUGACAUU